AUGGCUGAUAAGUCCAAAUUUAUUGAGUUCAUUGAUGAAGCUUUAGAAAAAUCAAAAGAAACUGCACUCUCUCGCUUAUUUUUCACCUAUCAGGGGAUUCCUUACCCAGUCACCAUGUGCACCUCCGAAACUUUCCAAGCCCUGGACGCCUUUGAAGCCAGACACGAUGACAUUGUGCUCGCAUCUUAUCCGAAGUGUGGUUCAAAUUGGAUUCUCCACAUCGUCCGUGAAUUAAUAUUUGCUGUUUCUAAAAAAAAGUAUGAAUAUCCGGAAUUCCCAGUUCUUGAAUGUGGGGACUCAGGAAAAUAUCAGAGAAUGAAACAGUUUCCGUCGCCAAGGAUUUUGGCAACUCACCUGCAUUAUGACAAGUUACCUGAGUCCAUCUUCAAGAAUAAAGCCAAGAUAUUGGUGAUAUUUCGAAACCCUAAAGAUACGGCAGUGUCUUUUUUCCAUUUCCACAACAAUGUCCCUGAUAUUCCAAGCUACGGCUCUUGGGAUGAAUUCUUCAGACAGUUCAUGAAAGGACAAGUUUCUUGGGGAAGCUAUUUUGAUUUCGCAAUUAAUUGGAACAAACAUCUUGAUGAUGAAAAUGUUAAGUUCAUAUUAUAUGAAGACCUGAAAGAGAAUCUCACCGAUGAAAUAAAACAAAUUGCUGAGUUCUUGGGAUUCUCUCUAACUGAGGAACAGAUUCAAACUAUCUCGGCCAAGAGCACCUUCCCAGCCAUGCGAGCAGCAUCUCAGGAAACACACGGUGCCGUCGGCCCAUUCCUGUUCCGCAAAGGUGAAGUUGGUGAUUGGAAAAAUUUGUUCAGUGGAGCUCAGAACCAGGAAAUGGACGAAAAAUUCGAAAAGAGCUUAGCAGGCACUUCCCUAGGAGCAAAGUUGAAGUAUGAAUCCUACUGCCAGUGUUGAUUCUGGUCGAUUCAGGAGGCCUAGAUUUUUUAUUUUCUUUAAUAACAAUAGAAUUUAAAUAUUUAAAUUUAAAUAUUGAAUGAUAACUCAAUCAAAUAAUCAAAUAAUGAUAAAUAAUAUUUAAACUAA